AUGCAGUUAUCCAACUUAUUUCCGGCUUUGAUGGUGAUCCUGAUUCACGGUCAAGCUUACGUUCAAUGUUUCAAAUGCACCGACGCUGAUUUUCCGAAAGCUGCCUGCGGCCAAUUUUUGAUGGGAGACAAAACACAAGCUAAUGACCCUGAUCAAGACAAAUCAGGUAUCACUUUUCGGCGCGCUCAUCCGAUUCCGACCGACGAAAAACCUACACGCGAUAACUUGGCGAACGAAAAUUACACCUGCAAUUAUUCGAAAUCUCAACGUAAAAUUCAGGCUUGCUGCCAUCAUAAAGUCCCACUUGACGGGAAGAGACUUGGGCUCGGCAGUCUCGAAAGCAUCUGCCGAAGGAACUACCAGCCUUAAAUAUCGCCAAUCUUUCGAAAUUUUAUCUUUCAACCUCUUUUUACUCU